CAACGUGCAUGCUGCGUUGCUGACCACCGCAUGCCGACCAGUGGGGCAAAUUUCCGUUCUGCUUUCUCAGCCUCGUUGUCAUAAAGGGAGGAAAGUCCCCGAGAAAACUUUAUGGUUAACUUAGUUUUUCAUUCUUAAUCUUCCCCAGAUUUUUGGGCUGUCUUCGUUAAAAGUUCUUUCUGAGCGUUUUGCUCUACGGUCAAGCAACGGCAAAGAUGGCGGCGCUGCUUCACCUCUUUAUAGCGCUCCUGGUGCUGAUGGUCGAUUCCGCGAUGGAGUUGGCGUUCAUAAGCAGCAUUGUGGGCUAUCUCCAUCGAUCAGGCGCGAAUCAAUAUCCCUUCACCGCAGCCGACGGAACGACUAUCUUCAUGAACGCCAAACCGGCGCAUCUUCUAGUCAACGAGGGGCACACCAGCAACGGCGCCGCGGGGACGGCGUUGGUAGGGGUCUGUUUUGGGGGCUUUUUGGUCCUCUGGUGGAUGCGACGCCGAGAGAGGAGGAAUAUCACUCGCCCAUCAACGAUCUUCCUCGCUUACACGGUACUAACAAUCCUCUCGUUCCUCCUCACUCUCUCGGCGCUGGCAUACACCUUCGUCGUCGUGCACCAGACCAGCGGCCAAAGCAUCGCCCAGCCCAUCGCGGCGCAGUUCCAGGGUCACGGAUACCCGUUGGAUAACUGGGCGCCGGGCACCUGGACGAAGGCUUUGUUGGCGCUGGAUUUGCAGCAUCAGGUUGAUAGGAAUUAUUUGAAUCAUUGGUUGAGGGUGAUGGAGGGGUAUCAGUGGAAUCUUAUUCCGUUGUUUAUUAUCGGGUUGAUGGGAGGAAUUUGUUUCGUUUUUGAGAGCGUGUUUGUUUUGUCACUGCGUACAGCGUUGAAUUUCACCUAAUUUUAAGCUCGGUGGCUACUCCUUGUUGUGAGUUAGUCACUCAUGACGUGAGUGGAGCAUCUGUUCCAAAAGUCUUAAGGCUAAAUCAAGCAAGACGAAAGUCUCAAUCCCAAACAAUUCAAUCUUAAUGUCUACAUCAUUCCUCCAUUCUUCAAAGACUGUAGCAACUCGGCUCGCUAAAAAAGGGGCCCGCCUUCAACUUGAUGGGCUUGAUGUACUUGUAUAGCU